ACACUGAUAUACAGGGCUCGGACCUUGUUUAACUGUGCCUGGCACACGUUACGCCAACUGAUGCAAGCAAGCAUCAUGGUAGUGACACCCCAGUGCAGGGUAGCAAAUUUUAUGUGCAUUUGGCAUACCACCUCGCAUUUCAUUUCUUCGCUCUCUAUACGUUUUGGAGUUAAACAUGCAAUGUGUAUAUUUAUAGAGUUUAGCUGGAAAUCCACUCAUACAGAUCACCAUCGUCGUGUUUAUUUUCCACGCACGCAGGGCUUCACAUCUGUAUUGAUACCAUGCAAGGCAACAUUUGCGUCCGGGAUACGAUAACAGCUGCGCCGCUAUAUAGAAUAGUAUGACAUACAAACGCGAGAUAUUAGUCAAGGAAUGCAGGGCCUUCUAGAGAAACGAUCGCGAAGAGAUGCAUCAAAUAUGUGACACGCGAGGAACUUCACAAUAAGGACACGAGGCUCCAAAGGGUGUAAAAAGGCUUUAUUUAGCUGCUAUUGUCAAGAGGGAAAUAAACCGACAAGAGCAGCUGCGAAAAAAAAAAAAAAAAAGCUAGUUUAUUUGACGGAUUCGGGCAUCGCUUCAAAUGAAAGGAUUCGGCGCAAGCUUCAAGUCGAACACGUCGCGUAACGCCCGCAACUGUCUCGCGACGCGAAAGCGAAGACCGUCGAUAGUCGAGUGCCACCGCUGCCGGUCGGCGCGCGCGUUCCGUCGAGCUCGCCCUCGCGACGUCUCGUUGUUGUACGGGACGUCCGCGCGUCGGCGCCACCGCCGCGUCGGUCGCGCGGUGCUCUCGGGCGCUGCGUCCCGCCCGCGGGCCCCGUGCGCGCGUGCGCAGUCCGGCCCCCUCGGAAGGCGGCCCCACGAGAGGUGCCCUCCCGCGGGCCCCUCCCCUCCCGGCGAGCAGUGGGGGCGCCCCCGCGGCGGCGGCGUCGGCCCCUCGGGCCGCAUAGCGAAGCCAGUGCUCGGCCGAGUCAGAUGUGCGCGGCGCCCGUGCGGAGGGCGGCAUGGCAGCAGCGUCGAACCCGUACAUCGGCACGUCGGCAGUGUCCAGCCUGACGUCGGUGCACCUGCCGCCGAGCCAGGCCAUGCAGGUGGCGGCAUCGCAGCCGACGGCGGGCUACGGCCGCGAGCCGCCGGAGAUGAAGUACAUGCCGCCGCAGCCGCACCACCAGGGAGGACCCAACGGCCUGUCGAGUCACCACCACCACCAGUGGGUGUCGUUGCAGACGGACGCCUCCAUGUGGUCCAUGGGGCCCGGCGGCAUGGCCGACAUCAAGCCCGCUCAGGCGGCCGAGCUGGGCCACCACCACCCCUUAAGCGGGGGCCACCAUGCGCGCGCGGCCACCGCGCAGCACAUGGGCUCGUGGCACCCCGCGGUGUCGCCGCACAUGGGAGCCAUGGGCGGCAUGCACCCGCAGCACCACCAACACCACCACCACCCGUACGGCGGCAUGAACGGCAUGCUGGGCGGCGCGGCCCACCCGGCCAUGCGAGAAGUCCCUCACGCCGACCAGGUGCCCCCCCACCCGCACAUGCACGGGCAGCACGACCCGCGCGCGCUGGACCACCACCACCACCGGCACCCCAGCGAAAGCGGCGAGGAGGAGGCGCCUAGUUCGGACGAUCUGGAACAGUUCGCCAAGCAGUUCAAGCAGCGUCGCAUCAAGCUCGGCUUCACGCAAGCCGACGUCGGGCUCGCGCUCGGCACGCUGUACGGGAACGUCUUCAGCCAGACUACCAUCUGCCGGUUCGAGGCUCUGCAGCUGAGCUUCAAGAACAUGUGUAAGCUCAAGCCGCUGCUAGCCAAGUGGCUCGAGGAGGCCGAUUCGACCACAGGUUCGCCUACGUCCAUCGACAAGAUCGCCGCCCAGGGACGCAAGCGCAAGAAGCGCACCAGCAUCGAGGUGUCGGUGAAGGGCGCCCUCGAGUCGCACUUCCACAAGCAGCCCAAGCCGUCCGCCCAGGAGAUCGCCUCCCUGGCCGACAGCCUGCAGUUGGAGAAGGAAGUGGUCCGCGUCUGGUUCUGCAACCGGCGGCAGAAGGAGAAGCGGAUGACGCCGCCCAUCAACCAGCCGCAGGCUGGGGCACCCGGCGGACCCCCGACGCCGGACAUGAUGAUGUGCCACGGUGGAUCGCCCGGAGACAUGCACCACCACUCCCCGCCGGCCAUGAUGCAGUCGCCGCCGCCACCGCCCCCUCCUCCACACUCGGCACUUCACCCGGGUCAGUCGCUGGCGGCCCACUGACCCACGCUGUACCCCUGCCUAUUCAGCUGCGACGACGCCUAGCCGUCGCCGGUCUGCAGGACAGGGGUGCGCGAGUGCGCCACACCCGCCGCGUACAAAAAAAGUGCAAUCCCUCCCCUAUACCCACUCCUCAUCACGUGCUCCGCGGCUGCUGCUGCUGUGGUGGUGGUGGUGGGUGCCGCCGCCGUGUUGUGUGGCCGGACGGGGUCGCCCCGCUGUUUGUACAUAACUACUACACACGCCGUGUGCGGACGAUCCUGCCGGGGCCUUCUCCCGCCACCGGACCCAAUGCCUCCAGUGUGCUGGUGGUGGGUGCGCAGUGUACGUACACGAUGAUGCGUGCGCGGUCCCGUUUCUCGCCACCGUGUGAGCGAACCACGAUCCUUCUCCGGGGGGGCGACAACACGCUGCAGCAAGAAAACAAGGUGCCAACCAACGACUCUGCCGACGGUCGCGACGUCCUGCCGGAGCGGCCUCCGCUUCGUUUUGCAGCAAAAGUGACGCGACAGCCUGUAUACACACAACACCACGCGCACUUACUUGGACGACACCACAACACUCACGACACGCCACUUCGACUCGCGUUUUCACACGUUAUACUAUGGCGCGUUUCUCCCCUCGACACCCACACUGAGACGGAGACAGGCAUGCCCAACUAGUCCAGGUAGGCAGACAUCACUUCUCUCGCUCACUUCGCCGGGUCUUUAUUUCAGUUUUUUUUUUUUCUUCUUUUAGCCUAGCGCGUUUUCCUGUACGAGCCUGGCUUGUUUUUUCUUUUUUUUGUCUGAUCACUCUGCCGAAGGAUUUUUUUCUUUUUGAUGCACGUUCCUCCUUGGCGCGUCCAUUACUAUAGUAUUUUUUGUUUUGCCCUUUCACUAAGCUCUGUUGUCAUGACUCCACUGCAUUUAUGUUUACUGCCGAUUUAUUAUUAUUAUUAUUUUUUUUUACCGACUGUUCUGCCCAAUGGAUGCGUCUCUUCGCAGUUGCUCGCAAGCGAUCAGUCGACAGUUGCCGCGUGUAAAACGCAAGUGACCGAGUAAGAAAAAAAAAAAAAGUGCCCAUUUAUUCGUACAAAUAGAAUUCCUUUUUCAUAAUGAGAGAAAUAAUAGUAGGGUCAGGGUUGGGGGCGGUGGGGUAGACUGUGGGUUAAAGUAACGGAAGUAGCAAUCUGAAGAAGGCAUCGAGAUGUCAUUGCAAUAGCAUAGCCAACCCGUCAAAGUUCAUAUCCAUUUAAUAGCAUAUUGACGGACCCCUGGUGACAUCACAGCAGACCGGUAUUGCAUCCAACUUAUUCGUGCCUUUUGAAAGAAGCCAGCGCGUUUGCUUAAACGCAUAUCAACAAGUGGCGUUCGCAACUGCUUAGAGCUCGCUCCAGAGGGACUUGCUAUAAGAACAGCCCGCUUCAUUUUUCAUUGCCCGUGCCUCGCGGGUAGCGCCCGUGCGAACAGUCCACAUCGGUCGUCCCGCACGUGCGGGGGGCGAUCGCACUGUCUUUCACAAGCGAGACGUAAUAUACCUCAAAAACCACUUCGCCUGCUGCUCCCGUCUAUGUAAGACUUUUUUUUUUUUUCAUUCGUUUGGUCAUUUUGUUCCGAUUGUGUAUGUGUGCGUCCGCGUAUGGAUUGUCGUUUCCUUACAUGUGUUUCACGUGUAACUCUCUAGCUGUUCGCUCUAUCUGUCUCUCUUUCAAUUUUUUUUUUCGCUUGCCUUUUUUGGCGAUUCGUUUUCAAAUUGUGUACGUAACGAAUGGAGCAUUGUGUGUCGGACUACAUCUGCACGUGUAAAGUUCUCAGUGGCUUUGUGCCGAUCUCCGGGAAGGCAAGCGGAGACAGCCGACAUGUGAAUUCCGUCGCCGACGCUGGCCUUCCCUUUUGUGUAGUGAGCCCAUGGCUGCGUUUGGCGCCGAGCAAAACCUUUUUCGGCCGGAACGGCGGGAGCAUCGUUGAACACGCUGGCGCGGAUAACGAAAAGGGAGGCGUAAUGCAGAGACCGUAUCUGAUCCGCCUCGAGGGGGGCUACGAGGACAGCAAUAAACGCGUUACUAUACGACAGUGUUCGUGCUUAAUAAGGGACGUAUUCCUCUUUCUUUAAGCUUAAGCGCCCGGAGAAACUGUGCGAGUCCCACGUGUAGAGAUACAAUUCUGGUCGUUCUUUCUUCCUCCCACUUGCUUCGAAGCCGAGCGAGUAAUUGUACCGCGGCGAUCGCUAAACGCUGGUGGCCUUUGCGAAUAUGGCACGGGCGUCGUCAACUGUGUGCUACUUUGUAGACGCGAUAGAUGGAGCCCUGCAGCAGUUGCGACGCGAGAGGACAAUAGCGUCGGAGAGUCUCGAAAAGAAGGCUGACCUUUUUUUGUCAGCGUCGCUUCGCGUUGAAGCUGUGAUCCGGAGAUUAAAAAGAGCAACAAAGUGGAUCAAAAUAAACGCACGAGGUGUGCUUGUUCGCGCGCCCGCUCGUUCUUUCGCUUUCUGACGCUUCGCUUCAGUUGUGCUCGAAGAUUUGGCGGCCUUCCGGAUACACUUUCGCUUUUUCGCAAAACGUUAGCUAAAGCUUUGCCCACUAAAGUCACGUCGUUAAGGCAAUCCGUCGUGGUGGCAUAGUAGCUUUUGCGUUGCGCUGCUAGACCCUAGGUCGCGGGAUCGAAUCCCGGCCGCGGCGGCCGCAUUUCGAUGGGUGGGAAACGCCAAAAAAAAAAAAGAAAAACUGUGCGCUGGGUGCACCUUAACGAAACCGCGGUGGUCAAAAUUAAUCCCCUGCCCCACGCUAUGGUGUGUCUCAUAAUCGCAUCGUGGUUGUGACAGGUAAAACCGCCGAAUUUAACUUGAUGUCGUUAAGCUGCCGGGUGCUCAAAACUUCGAGGGCGAAAGCAGCUUCGGUAAUACCUCCGCAGUAGCGUGUUGUGUGCACUAUCUUGAUGUUAAUUAAAGUUCACAGAAAGAAAACAAAAUACAAUAUGGAGCAACGAAACAUUAGAUGAAUGACUAUAUAGGAUGCCACGUUAAAAUGUAACCGAUCUAGUAACAGAUAGAGGCAAGCACUCAGCAGUGUUGUAUGUACCGGCUCCCUCCCCCUUUCUUUUUUCUAGUAAUUACCGCCAAAAUGUGCGCACUCCCACGCAUAUAACAAAGAAAAACAUAUAACAGAAAAGCGAAAUGAGCCUGAUUUGUCACCAACCAGCGCGCUUUUGCGUGUGUGCUCUGCUGAAAAAAAAAAAAGGACACAAAAGAAUGUUUUAACAAAAGUUAUUUGGAAAUUCGUGGAUUUCUUUCUCCCUCUCCUUGACAAAGACGAACGUGCUCGAUCACACUGUGUAGCAACCACAUGCGACACUGACGACGACCGAACAAGCGAAGCGGCAGCCUAGGGCUGUGUAGGAGGCACGGCCGAUUUCGAUAUCGCGCGACGGCGACGACUUUCCGUUUUGUCUAUUCUAUUUAGGCGAAGUCCCGGCUUUCUUUCGCGUGAACUUCUUUUUUCUUCUGCUUCUUCACCUCGGGGCCGCACACACUCUCUCUCUGUCGCUCGCCCUGUGAAAUAUUCUGCAACGAUGUGCUCAGUCUCCUUUGUGCCUGUCGUUAUAGCGGCAAGCAUCAAUUCUUUCCCAAUCGACUGGGGUCGGCACAUCUGCACUGUGUAAGAAAGCUUGGCUGUCGUCAGGCAGGCCGCGCUUAAAUGUUUGCACGCAGGCGCGUUGAGGUGAAAAAAAAGAAAGAUAAAGAAAGCAAAAGAAAAACGUAACUUCGAAGAAAUGCUUCUGAACUUGAGCGCGCUUCUGAGAAAUCUGAGAAGCCGUCGUCGCGCGGCUGUGACGUUAGGGGCUAGCAUAGCAGCAAUACCAGAGCAAAAGGUCGCCGGGCCAAUGCAGAAAGCGUUGGCUGUGGAUGUACAUAAACGACGCGGAAAGCGGCACGUUAGCGGCAAGCUAGCAGAGGCGCGAUACAUAAAAAAAAUGAAGUAAGAAAGAAAGGAACGUACCGAGGGUCGGUUCAUGAUGCAUUGUUGCUGAGAAAAAAGCUACUGGCGCUCGCUUAUGACUGAUGCUCUAAAUUAGAAAGCGCUCAGGCUCAGUCGAAAGAAGCGCACCUCUGUCGCUCUCAACUGACCUUUCUUCAUUUGCUUUCUGAAAAUUUUACUUGCGUGCUUAAGAGAACGCGUUAGAACUUGCGCCGCAACUUAACAACCGCCUUGCAGCUUCGAGGCGCCCUAUUCCAGUUCUUCUCGCACCUUCACUCGCGAGCCACGUCCAGGUAUAGUGUUUCUCGAAGGCGGAGCAUCGGACGGCUUUGUGAGAUUACAAAAUCUGCAGUCGUAUACUGACGAGGUUGGCUGAACGUCGAGUGCGGGCGCAUAGAAGUCUCCGAGAGAUGCUUUGGUCCUGUAGUGAACGUAAUUAAACGCUGCCGCAGCGGCUGAUCGGUCUCCCGUGAUUUCAGACAGUCGCUGCCGUAUUCCGAUCGAGACGGAAAUUGUCAAAAAUAAAAAAAAAGAGCCCGUGCGCUGUAAUUUGCGUGCGCUGACGCAGUCCACGCCGGCUGAAAGGAACCCGUAGCAUCCGCGCUUCCUCCUUCCACUUAGCCCACAUGUACCCCUGAGGUGUAAAAGUCGACGAGCCACCGAUGUUGCCAAGACCAAUGAAAAGAAAGAAAUUUCGACGUUAGGCUCGAGCCUUGCACGUGAGAUCUACAUAGACGAAGCGUCAGAAAGGAAGAGCAUUAAAAAAGCACCGGCCACUAUCGGAGCGCGUGAUGCCAUUUAGCGCAGAAAUUGAACAGAGCGUCGCACUAAGAGGCUUAAAAAUAUGAUCACCGAUGAUUUCAUCAGCAUCAGCAGACCGUUAAUUGCCGUCUUCGUCUUAAAAUUUUAGGGACGUGAAAGGAAAAAAAAGAAAGAAAAUAUAUUUAGCAGUGAUCACGGAAAGCUUAACACUUGCGCUUUUCUUGUUUCUUUUGUUUAUUUUUUUGUAAGCUUUCUCUUCCUAUUUAUUCCUUAUCGCGAAGCGAACGUGAUAUCCAGUUUGGGCGAUAAACUGGAGAACGUGCGGAGUGGCGAUAUCUGCACGGCGUACGGCAUAAUCAGUGCGCCGCUUCCUGUGUGACUAUAAUUGCGUAAGCUGUGAUUUAAUUGGCGCGAAACUGAAUGAAAUUCUCAAUGGCGAAGCGGCGUGGUACGCGCAAAGACGAAUGGCUCAACCCAUUCAGCUCUCCCGACGGCUUAAUUAAAGCAGCGACUGGUCGUUGUACAAGUGCGCAGGCGGGCAAAGGCUGCGACGCAGCCACAUUCGCAAAUCAUUUACGCCACCUCAUUGUGAAGGCACCUGUAGAAUGGCCUAAAUUAUGGAAUACGAUCAUCCUUUUGCGGUUGUUGUCCCCGGAGUGUUUACGUCGCUUCCAUUGACCUUAACGACAGACGGAGUAAAAGAAAUAUGAACCGAACUCACGUUUCUUUCUCUUUUCCUUUUCUUUUUUUUGUUGUUAGGAAGAGAUAAUGCGUGUUUCGAGCAUUGCGAAAGUUGAAAUUUUGCUUAAAGACACAUAAAUUAAGCCAAGAAUGCGCCGAGGUCGUAUCCCAUUUGUUGGCUGAGUGCGAACAAGAAAUGCUCGUCUACCGCGCUUUGAGUGCAAGUUAAUAACGCAAGUUGGUUGAAAUUAACCAAAGAGCCCCGCAUGAAGCCUGCUUUGAUACCUCGUUAGUAGCUUUUUUACGACAAUAAACCUCGCGAUUUCAUUUAAAUAUUUCUUUUCUUUUUCGCUCUAUCAGUUCUGGCCGUCACAAAACGAUUGGUCUGAGUGACCGUCAGUGACCAAUUUGUUGCGUCAUGUUUAGUUGCGAUACCAGAGUCGGGUGUCUCUAUAUGCCAGUUUAAUAUAGUUGGGCUUCGGCCCGCAUUCAGGCCUGCAUUUCUGGUGAGAAUAGGGAAAGUGAAAUGAAAGCAGGGCUAUAGGAGAUACUAGUGAACUGAGACGUGCACGACGAUUGUUCCCGUCGCAGCGACAGCAAUAAAUGGGUGGUAAAAAAAUAUUUAAAAAAUGAAACCGAAAAGCGUAACAACUAUAUUUUUUCUUGCUUCCUCCCUUUCUUUUGGUUGCUGUUUGCUUUGACACAGAGCUCUUAAAAGUACAGCUGUACGAAUUUUUGUAAGCAGCCGGACGCAUCCUAUCCUGGAAGUGUUUUUCCCGGCAGUAACCAUUUAAGGGAUUUAGCAAAGCUGCAGCGACUUUUCAAAUUUGUAUAUUUCGCUGAAGAUGCGCGCGAAAGAAAUAACUUCAGGUUGAAAACAGUUAAGGCCUAAGCUAUUACUGCAACGGAAUUUUAAAGACCUUGUCGGCCUUAUGGGACUGCAGUUCGCAUAGUUAGAGGCAGGUUGUUUCGUGGAAAUCACGUUCGUUGUAAGGCAUAUCAUUCGCUAGCCAGUUCUGUUCGGCUGUGCUCCCUCAUGUUCGGCGAUAUGGGAUAGCUUUUGUACAUUUUUGCAGGAUCAGGAUGGCUACAAUUUCUUUUUUCUUUAAGUAUACCGUCACUUCUCAUUUCUGAAACUUCACAAGACACACACGACAGAGUGAACAUCCUUUUUUUUUUUUGCUCUCCUGUACAGGUGCGAUUAUAAAAUAUGUGUGUACAGACUCACUUUGCAUUCAGGGAAAUAUGCUCGUACACAAAUGGCAAGCCUGUUACUUGGUCAUGCUCGGGCACGAUUAACGACGCACUGAAACUGUUCCGAUUAAGAAAGAAAAAGAAAAUGAGUAAGACGUGCCCGCGGUUUUCUCGCAACAAGUUGUUGUCGACAGCCGUUUUCCUUGGUAGUCUUCGCAUCAGGUGACGCAUGUGUUCAGAUUCCGUUUCAACUUUCGCUUUCAUUUCUGUUGACCUGUCUAACACGUACUCCGUUUGACAUGUGCUCUCAAAGCUUAAGUCGUCCACGCUUUGUUGACGUAGGAUGUGUUCUAUAACUGCGGAUAGUUCUCCAGAAGCGCGCUGCCUCAAGCGGUAACCAUACGAAGCGUAUUUCAUGCGCCACUGCGUCUAUCUCACGCCCGGCGAAAGUCACGUUGUAUUCGGGGCUGAUUUGUGUAUUCAUAAGUUAAUUACAAGUUAAAACGGCAGCCACACGGGACGCGUUUCUGUCGUGAUCGCAGCCUGGACAUAAGGCAGCGUGAACGCAGAGCGGGGACGCAGCGCCUACAUACGCGUGAAAUACGCAUCAUGUGUUUCGCUUCUAUCGGGCCGCGAGGUGUCGCAAUGUCGCUGCACGUAGCGCCGUCUGGUGGUAGUCGCUGUUAUCACUCAUAUGACGUUCUUUUGCGCAUCUUUGGACACUUCUGCGUCCGUGGUCAUCAGAUGCCAGCAAAAGAGAUAUUUCUAAAGAGCUUCUUCUCUCUGCCUCUCUUUUUUAAGUGCAAGUGGCAAAUGUAAGGGACUUGGCUAGGCAAAAGAAAUACUAACGCAUUUACUUUGGCACCUACCGAUAUGUCAAAGUUAUAAGAAUCUAAUUUUGGAUUAGGAAAUGGCAACUUCGUAUUUGUCUAACGCUAGUACGUCACUUAACAGGUGCUCCAGCGGCCACUUGUAUGUGCGUGCCCGAAGUGGCAUUGCGACACGUCGCAAAGCGUAGCCGUCUUUGUUGUUCUGCGCGGCUUAUUCUUCGUGUUCCGUUUAGAGAGAAAGCAAAAAAGAAAGAUGCUGUGCUUCAGCCAUCUGGUGCCUCUUUUCUUUCUUUCUUUUUUUUUUUCGAAAGGAGGGGGCGCAGCCAUAUGUGCGCAGGUCUGAAAACUGAAAUAAACGUGCGAAGGUCAAAGAAUGACACUUUCCGUGUAACACAGAAACGGCAUCUCAGCAGUAGCAAUAGUAUACCAUUUUUUUUUUAAAUUUUGCAUCAUCGACACUAUACUCUGUCUCGUGCAGAUCGCGCACGCGUAUUUGCCUACCUCACCGUGUGCGAAAUUUUCAGCAAUUACAUGUCAUCACCGCAUACAGCAACCUAGCGAUUGGGCAUCAGUGAGCGGCGUGACUUGCUCAUAGAUAUAUCACGAUGGAUUGAACGCGUUUUCCAACAGUUGCGCCAGGAGGCCCAUGUAGCAGGCCUCGGCGAGAUUUAGGCGUUAAAAGAGACUAUGCUGAAUUAGCGGAGACUAGAAAACGGAUAGCAUCUGUUCUUUAGACUGCAUUCCCGUGCUACUUCAUUGCAAGGCAUGCAUGAUUUAUUCGAACCUAAUGCUCUUUAGAGUUCGCUAUAGCCUAAGUUCCUCACAGAAUCGCACGUGUCGAUAAAUGUGCCUAUACGUUUCCUCGUUGUUUCCUUCGAUUGAGCAGCUGGCACAAUGCGUGGGCAGCCUCGUGCAGUAAGAAGAUAUGUCUUUCGGACGCAAUGUACUAAAACUCUUUCGAGUCGUUGCCGCGCUGGUUAAACUGAGUUUUAGUAAAUGCAAAUAGCAGUUGUAGCACUGGGUGUACAGAAGACUUGUGUGUACAUUAAGACCGCAGGAUUGCGUUGCGCACGUGAAAAAAACGUUGUCCGCAUGCGAAUUGGCGGACCUUAUUGCUACCGCGGGCCUUUUCUGCGUGUGCUUAUACAUGCUUUUUUAUUGUGCGAGGUCUGCUAUAGUGACUGUCUUAAUUGUGUUGCGCCGAUGCUGUUCUGGCUGUUGGGACUGUCGUCUCGAUUUUCGCGAGCUGCCGUACGUGAUUCUCGCCCCCUUCUCUUUCUUGUGUUUUGAGCGGGUGUUUUGCUCCGGUGACUUUCCUUGAACACGCAAAUGGCCGCUCGUGUGCUUUUUUGCCAACUCAUCCUGUUUUAUUAUUAUUGUGUUUUGUGUGUGCCUGCUCUUCUUAGUUGUCACCUUAAUUGACGCUCUUCUUUUUUUAAAUAUACCAAGUGAACGAGCCGCUGGUGUGAUCACGCUCGAAUCCUUGCGUUCGUUGUCGUAUCGUGUAGUGUACGGUCACGUUUGGUUUCUUGCUCCAUGCUUAUCACGACAUUCCAGGAGAAAUGAACGUAUACUUGUUUACGUGAUAGAAAGAGCGAGAAGUGGAAAAGUAACAGAGAAAAGAAAACUAUUCCCCACUCGAGCACGGCGUUGUGUUCCGUGUCUCGAUCGAGUCAUUCAAAUUUUUUUUUUUUCGCUUGUGUACAUAGAACCGCCUGAACGUGAAAGCGUGCGUGUGUGUAAGUGCGACGCGCGAUGCCAUGUGUGUAUGUGUAUGAAAAAGACAAGAAGACGAAGUGAUGGGUUAUAGUGCAUAUGUGUGUGCGUGGUGCGCCUGGAACUGUAGUGAAACGACGGUGGCGCUGUCUUUCUUUUUUUUUUUCCCCUCGACAUACACACGCUGACGAUGGUGUACAUAAAAACACAAGAGACUGCGAGAGAGAAAGACUGGUCUAUAUAUGUAUACUAUAUAUAUAGUUGUCUAUGACCAUCCCCGUUCUUUUCUUUUCAUUUUCGCCGCUGCGGAUGGCCAAUGGUCGCGUUUGCUGUGUGACUGAGUGUGUGUACAUCCCUUGUUCUUUCCGUCUAUAACAAACUCACUUGGCCUCUCUACCUCCCUGCUCCCUCUCCCACCCAAAGUAUCUUCUUCGGUCUGUGCCGUAUGUCGCAGUGCCUGCUAUUGGCGCGCGGCUGAAGUGCGUGCCUGCACACCUCGACGUGCACAUGACCACCAGGCAAGUGCCGGCCUCCACAAACCACCUUGUUUCUCUCCUUUUUCCACUCUUUCUUCUUUAGGUUUUCGCCUUAUUGUUUUUUUUCCCUUUCAUUUCCAAAUGAGCGAACGAUGUAAGAAAUGUGAACAGAAGAGUGGUGAUUAUAUGCGGACAUUUUUAUGAUGGACACAGUUCGUAUACAUAAAUAUAUUUGUGCCUGUAAAAAGCAAAA